AAAGGAGUCGUCGGUCUUAUGCAAAUGUGCCUUCGUUCGUUCGUGUGUGUGUGUGUGUGUGUGUAGUGUGUGUGUCAGGAGGGAGGCGCUGAUCAGUCAGAAGAAACUUCAUGUAGAAGCAGCUGCUCUGUGAACAGCGGUGACUUUUUGACUGAAGGAGACACUGACACACAGGUGAUCUAUGAGAUCGAGCCUAGAGAGGAACUAAUGCAUCUAUGCAGCUGAACCGAGGCCUAGAUGUUCCAUCAUGGACCAGGUACUUCCCAGUCAGAGCUCAGCCGCAGGCCUGCUGGAACCCGACAGCGAGGAGCUCCAGCUCAGGGUGGAGUCCUUCAGAAAACUGGGCUACUCCUCAGAGGAGGUCAGGUCGGCUCUGAGGAAGCUGGGCCUCAGCACGGACACCAACUCGGUCCUGGGGGAGCUGGUGAGGAGCAAUGCCAGCUCCGCUCCCUGCGUCUCCGUCUUUGAAGGCGAUGAGAGGAGUACGGGACAGAAGGACGCUCUGCUGCCUCCGAGCUGGACCCUCGGACCACGGAACGUACCGCAGCCCAGCCACCAGCAGAACGUGGAAACAGAGCUGAGGCCUGUGGUGAUUGACGGCAGCAACGUGGCCAUCAGCCACGGCAACAAGGAAGUCUUCUCCUGCCACGGCAUCCAGCUGGCCGUGAAUUUCUUUUUGGAGAGAGGUCACAACAGCAUCACUGUGUUCGUUCCCUCCUGGCGCAAAGAGCUGCCGCGGCCCGACGCCCCCAUUACAGAUCAGCACAUCUUGACGGAGCUGGAAAAACGCAAGAUCGUGGUCUUUACUCCGUCACGUCGAGUCGGGGGCAAGAGGGUGGUCUGCUACGACGACCGCUUCAUCGUCAAGUUGGCGUACGAGUUGGACGGCGUGAUCAUCUCCAACGACACGUACCGGGACCUCCAGGGGGAACGGCCCGAGUGGAAGAAAUGCAUCGAGGAGCGGCUGCUCAUGUACUCCUUUGUGAAUGACAAGUUCAUGCCCCCUGAUGACCCCCUGGGUCGCCAUGGCCCCAGUCUGAACAACUUUCUGAGGAAAAACCCUCUGCCCCCGGAGCAGAAGAGGCAGCUGUGUCCAUACGAUAAGAAGUGCACCUACGGUAUGAAGUGUAAGUUUUACCACCCCGAGCGAGUCAACCAGCCCUAUCUCUCUUUGGCUGACGAACUGAGAGAGAAAGCCCAGAUUUCCACUUCAAAAGACGAGAAAAGAGCGUUGGCCAAUCAGGGGCAGCCCGACACUGGCCACGCCCCCCACCCUCCAGACGCUCCUGCAGAGAUCAGCAGAAACGGUCUGCAUCCCGGCCACAUCGUCGACAACCAUCCCCUGUACAGAGAGGAUCCUGGGAAGGGUUCGAGUCACCUGCCCCCUGCAGGCCAGAGUCAGAAAGACUGGUCACACUUGAUGCCCAGUCUGUACUACCCCAACAUGUCUCAGGAGUAUUUAGAUUCAGGCUUUGGCUCCUUUGAAAGCCAGUACUCUGAUCACUCCCAUUACAAAGGCAACCCCCCCAGGGUCAGGUCACAGCAGCAAGCAAUGCAUGUUGGGAAAAAUGGCGGCGGCGGCGGCGGCCCUUCCUGCUUUUCCCAACAAGUUCCAAACGCUGCUCUACAGCAACAUCACAGGAAGUGGGAAUCGGAGCGCCAACCCAACUACCCUCAGAUCUACCCCCCGGGGGCGCCUCACCACCACAGCCUCUCUGGGCCCCUCCACUACACUGGAGUCUCGCAGCAGAAUUACUGGUCAGAUCCCUUUCAGGGUCUUUCUUCCUCACACCCCCGCAGCUCGCUCACCGCUCACGAGUUCCACUCCUGGGGCCACCAGCCGCCGUCCGGCGAUCCACGGAGAAUGGAACUCCGCAAGAAGCUGCAGGCCAUCUUCAACCCUCAGGAGGUGGACAGGGUCAUGGAGCUGUUCCCGCACCUGAUGGACGCAGAGAAGCUGGCUGCCAAGAUCCUCAACAUGAAGACUCAGCGAGGAAUAUUCUGAGACCUGAGACCUACACAUGUACGAUUGAAGUAUUAGCUUGAGCUGCGUUUUUUUUUUUACCAGACCGUGUGAGCGUCACCGUGGUCACGGUUUCUGUGGCCGCCUCUGAUGAACUCUGAUGUGAAUUUCUGCUGGUUUGUCUCUCUGUAAGAAAAACAACAUUUUGAAAAAGCCUUUUUGGACUAGAAACCAGAGUCUGGAACUGGUUCCUGUCGUGAACACAAUCUCCUGAUUGGAUGAAUUCAUGCGAAAUCACAUGAACCUGCAUUGAUCGAUCAAGGACAAGGAUCAGAGUGACCUCUGACCUCACUGAGCUACUUAAUGUAAUUAGAUGCUCACGUACAAAGUUAGAAAAAUAUCCCUGUUAAAAACACUAAAAACUGAGACGGAGAAAACGUUUGGAAACGGUUGAUGUAAAAGUUCUGGUUCACAAAUUAAUGGUUCUUGUCCUGCCUUAACCAUUCACACACUUGAACCUGAUCUUCUGGCUAAGGCAAGGGCACUAACCACUCUCCCACUGUGUGGCCUCCAACACUCAGGAUCACGCAGCAGCUGCACAUAUCUGAUUUUUUUUUUCCUGAAAUUACUUCUGUAUAGGCCACAGACCAGGACUCAAACGUGUGACAUUUUUAUUGUAAGGCAAGAGCAAUAACCACUCUCACACUGUGUGGCCUCCAACACUCAGGUGAUGCAUCUUCAUGUGUCUGAUUUUCUUUUCUGGAAUUACUUCUGUAUAGGCCACAGACGUGGAGUCAAACGUGUGACCUUUUUAUUGUAAGGCAAGAAUAUUAACCACUUGGCCCAGGCCAACACUGAAAUCAACCUAAUUAUUAAAGUAGCUGGAAAUUCCUCCUGGUGAGAAGAGUAGGUAUUUGGUACUUUGAGAUGGACCGGCAGAAACAUUCUUGGGAGUAAAAUAGAUUUUUUUUUUUUUUUUAAGUUUUAUUUUCUUAACCUUCUGUCUGCUGUUAUCGAGUAUCCGAGGGUUCGAGGCGGGACGUUUAGUCCUUUGUUGUGGUGCGUUCAAACUGGUUUUAUAUAAUGAUGAAAAUGAAUUUUGGAGAAUCGGUUUUUGACAUUGUAGUCAAAUGUGAUCUUAUCAACAAAGUUCUCUGGAACAAACGUAGUUCUGACUGAGGUUCUAGAGCUUGGGCUGUUGAUGCAUAUUGUGUCAAAUGUGAUCUACGUGUACUACGUGUUAGGUCUUGUUAACUAAGACUUGCUGUUAGUAUUAAAUACUUGCAGUUCUCAGAACAGCCUGCUGGAGUGUUCAGUGUUGUCACCUACCGUCAGUUUUAUUCCCACAAGGAAGUGGACGAGGGGGAAAAUACUUUGUUCCUGGUAAAUGGGACGAAGGAAUGCGUCGCUGUGCCUGCAGCGGUUUUCCACAGCGCAGUAUCAGUGUCCGGAACAUUCACAGAAAGUGGUGAUGAAACGUGAUCUACUGUGGGACUGACCCAUUUAUCAAAGAAAAUAUAUCAAGUGGAAUUCAUGUUCUCUAACACCCAGUGGAAAUACCUGUUGUAAAUAAUCCUGUGAGAUAACACCCCUGGUGGAGACCAGUAGGUGGCAAUAAAUAAACAAAAGAUGUAACAACAAAAAUGAAAA